AUGGUCUCGGUCAGACUCCAGUUGGCAGGCUACAUUUUGGGGCUGCUGGGCUUACUGGGCACCCUGAUUGCCACUCUGCUGCCCAGCUGGCGGAUCAGCUCCUACAUUGGCUCCAGCAUCGUCACAGCUGUUGGCUUUUCAAAAGGACUCUGGAUGGAGUGUGCAACCUACAGCACAGGCAUCAUGCAAUGUGACAUCUACAACUCUCUGCUCAGCCUGCCCACUGACCUCCAGGUGGCCCAAGCCAUGAUGGCCACCUCCGUUGCUGUAGGUUCGCUGGCUGCCAUUCUCUCUGUGGCGGGGAUGAGAUGCACCAUCUUCUCUCAGAGCUCCCCAGCAAAGGACAAAGUGGCAGUUCUGGGAGGAGUCACUUUUGCCCUGGGGGCACUGCUCAGCUUCAUUCCUCUUGUGUGGAAUUUCCAUGUGAUCCUCCAGGACUUCUACAACCCUCUUGUGCCCGACAGCAUGAAAUAUGAGAUUGGGGAAGCCUUGUAUUUGGGCAUCCUAUCUUCCUUGAUCUCCUUCAUUGGUGGUGCCAUCCUCUGUGCCUCCUGCCCACCUCGUGACUCGCAAGCAACCUGCUACAGUCCUCAUCGUUCUCGGGCCAUGGCGGACAGGAGCUCCCUGCCAGCUAUCGCAUCUCCAAAGGCCAGCGCAUACAGCCAGACUGGCUAUGUGUAG